AUGAAGUACCAGAUGCUCCUUGGCCUCACUGGCCUCGCGGCUGUCCAUGCCCACCCUCAACGUCGCCAGCCCAACAAUGGUGCGGCUGCCCUGUCCAAGCGCGGCGUCGACCUCUCAGAGUACGCAAUGCCUGGUCUAGGCUCGUACACAAAGACGUCCAACGUCAAGCCGGCCGAGAUGCGCAUCUCGUCGUCCGACUACGUGGAAACAGCCACCAAGCUCGUCAAGGAAAAGUUCCCGGACCUCGAGUUCCGUGUCAUUGACGACGCAUACGUCGGUGGCAACGGCGUCGGGCAUGUCAACUUUAAGCAGACUGUCCACGGGCUUGAUGUGGACAAUGGCGACUUUCACGUAAAUGUUCGCGAAGGCAAAGUCUUCUCCCACGGUAACAGCUUCUUCACCGGCAAGCUGCCCAGCGACUCACCCCUGAAGAAGCGCGACUACUCAAACCCCGUCGAUGCCCUUCGUGGUGCCAUCAAGGCCCUGGGUCUGCCACUCAAGGCUGACAAUGCCAUCAUUGAGCAAAGCCUCAUCGGCAGCGAGCACCCAGAGCAGUACAUCAUCAGCGGUGCCGAGGGUGACGUGGGCAAGCUGGAGACUCGCCUCUUGUGGGUGAGCAACGGCAACGACAAAGACCUGCAGCUCUCCUGGCGCGUAGAGACGGAGCUCGAAGAUAACUGGCUGCUGACCUAUGUCGACGCCGCGGACACCAGCCGUGUGGUUGGCGUCGUCGACUACGACUCGGACGCCACCUACGAAGUGUACCCGUGGGGCUUCAACGACCCCCUCGACUCUGAUGUAGAAAGGACCGUCGUGGAAGAUCCCUGGCUCCUCGAGGCGUCGCCCCUCGGCUGGCACAACGACGGCAUCAGCAAGUACACAACCACCCGUGGCAACAACGGCAUCGCUCAAGUCAACCCCAGCGGUGCGGAUGGGUAUCUCGACCGCUACCGUCCCGAGAGCAAAGAUCUUGCGUUCGAGUACCCCUUUUCCCUCAACGAGACCGACAACACCAAGUACUGGGACGCCUCCAUCACCCAGCUCUACUACACGGCCAACCACCUCCACGACCUCCUGUACGUGCUCGGCUUCAACGAGGAGGCGGGCAACUUCCAGAUCAGCAACAACGGCAACGGCGGCCGGGGCAACGACUUUGUCUACCUCCAGUCCCAGGACGGCUCCAGCACGGACAAUGCCAACUUCCGCACACCCCCAGACGGCCAGAACGGCCGCAUGCGCAUGUACAUGUUCACCUCGACCGUCCCCGAGCGCGACUCGAGCUUCGACGCCGGCGUCGUCAUCCACGAGUACGUCCACGGCCUCUCGACCCGGCUGACCGGCGGGCCCGCCAACUCCAACUGCCUCAGCUCGGGCGAGCCCGGCGGCAUGGGCGAGGGCUGGUCCGACUUCUUCGCGACCGCCAUACGCCUCAAGCCCGGUGACACGCGCGCCACCGACUACCCCAUGGGCGACUGGGUCACCGGCAACCCGGCCGGCAUCCGCAAGUACGUCUACUCCACCAGCCUGACCACCAACCCGCACACCUACGCCGCCGUCGAUGGCCUCACCCGCGUGCACGACAUUGGCAACAUUUGGGCCUCCAUCCUCUACGAGGUCCUCUGGAACCUCAUUGACAAGCACGGCAAGAACGACGACGCUUUCCCCGUCCUCGACGAAGCGGGUGUCCCCCAGGACGGCAAGUUUCUCGCCCUCAAGCUCGUCCAGGAGGGCAUGGCCCUGCAGCCCUGCUCGCCCGACCUCAUUGCGGCGCGGGACGCCAUCAUCGAUGCGGACGAGGUUCUGACGGGUGGUGACAACUUUUGCGAGCUUUGGGCUGGCUUCGCCAAGCGAGGUCUUGGGCCAGAUGCGGCGAGGAGGCCGCGCACAGAGGACUUUGAGCUUCCGGAGGGAUGCUAG